CCAGCUCGGGCCAGACCGAGUAACACGCGCCUCCUCCAGCGGCCGGGAGAUGUCAGCAGGCGAGGCACUCAGAUGGUUGGGGUGAGAGCAAGGGCGCCGGUCGGGACGGGGAUCAGUGUGACUUGUGCUGGCGGCGGUGGAAGGCAUUCCUAGCGAGAAAACAAUAGAGACAAAAGAUGGACUUGCCAGGAAUGACCAGGAUGACCUGAAAAUAACCUCCCCCCCAACCAUGAGACUCCGAGGCCGUCAUACCAUCGAGUGCCAUGUUCAUCCUUCUAUACGUGAUGUGUAUGAUGGCGGUGUCUGCCGGGGGCGGACCUCUGGAGGUGGAUGCUGCGUAUCCUCUGGCGGACGUGACGGAGAUGCCACACCUCAACUUCAUCCGAUUCAGGGGCAUUGGAGACUCUACCCUACUUCGACGCCUCCAUGUCCUCCACCUACACCGCCUACUUGGGCAAGACAGCCACCCUCACCUGCGUCGUUCACGCCGCUCGGAGUGACAAAUCGGUGUCAUGGAUCCGAGGUCGCGACCUGCGCAUCCUGACGGUGGGCGGCUACACGUACACGACGGACCUGCGCUUCGAGGCCCUCCACCAGAAGGCCAGCUCGGAGUGGACGCUCAGGAUCAAGUCGGUGCAGCUGCGCGACCAGGGCAGCUAUGAGUGCCAGAUCACCACCAAGCCCAUCAGGACCUUCAACGUUUUCCUCAAGGUCGUGGAGCCAACAGUAGAGGUGAUCGGCGCGCCGGACAUCUACGUAAACACGGCCAGCAUGAUCAAUCUCACCUGUGUUGUGAACCACGCGCCUUACCCUCCCGAGGCCAUCACCUGGUUUCAUGGUAACCAGACGAUCAGCUACACUUCGAAGCGCGGGGGCGUGAGCGUGGUGGAGGAGCGCGGCGAGACCACCACCAGCAUCCUCCUCCUGCAGAACGCGAGGGCGUCCGACUCCGGCGCCUUCACCUGCCAACCCGAGGGCAUGGAGUCCGCCCAGGUCACCCUCCACGUCCUGGAAGGCGAGCGUCCGGCGGCCAUGCAGACCAACUCCAGCAGCGUCAGCACCUCACGACUGUCCGCUAUCUUCAUGGUGGCCACGAUCGCUACCAUCGCUGUUUUCUAAAGUAUCGCGGGUACUAGACUAGAACCUCAUCUUGUGCACUGUUUACGACUCGACAUACUCCUCACCCACCAGCAAGCGUGGGGUUUGUACGAUUUUUUUUCCCGAGUGUUUUGUACAAAGCAUUUGAUAUACGCCGACUUUUAUGUAACGAAGAGCCUCUUUUUAUAUACAUGUAACUUCAGUAAACAUAGUUUUUGCUCCUUCAAGCGAUGGAACGACCCUCUUGUAAGAUGUCAAUCUGCUUGGAAAUAUCGUCAACGGCCGUGUUCACUCAUCUGAAACCUGAACCUUGAUUUUUUUCUCCGCAUGUGUUGUUUUUUUCAUUUCCAAAAGGAUACUGCUAUCCCGCCUUACCUGACGGACCCUUUAAAGAACGAUUAAAGAGUAUUGGUUUUAUGUUUGAUAACCUAUAUGCAAAGGAUGAAAAUCUGGUCUUGUAACUGUUAUGAAAGAUAGCAUGAUAUUAAUCUUAUUCUAAUUGAACAUAUACCAGCUUCUUAUCUUUGGAAGAAAAUAUCCAUAAAAGGCAAAAAUCAUUGGAACUGAAGUGUUCCCAAAUCCUUGAUGCUUCAGACAAAUGUUAUUGUUAUUGUUUCCAUUAGUUAAAAAUGCCUUAUCUCCGGUACAUAUAUUUUUUAACCAUAAAUGUUUGUUGUUCAAACUUGGGUGUUUUCCAUAUCUCCAUAACCAAAAAGAAGACAAAACAUUUAUGUACAUAUUUCUGUACUUCAAUACUAAUUAAUGUUCUUCAUGUACCGUGUUCACUGUCGUGUAUCCUACCUGGAGGUGGUUGGACUGUUGGAAGCUAGAUUUUAAUAGACGAGAAAGUGCUUGG